AUGCAAGCCAGCAACUUGAUUCAGUCCACUGCGAGUGGCUUGCGCACCUCUAUUCAGAACGACGUCACCAGCAUCAACUCUGCAAUCAAGUCCAUUGUGGACAAAGUCAACGAUCUCAACCCGUCUGGGGACAUCACUGCCCCUCUGUUUGACGUUCCCGAUCUUAGCUCGCUCGCCAACCUCACGCUUCCCAGCGACCUGACCGACGCACUGACGUCGUUAAACUCGUCUCUGCCGAGCGUCAGUCAGCUCAAGAGCGAGGUCGAUGAUCUCGUCGACACUCCCUUUGAGCUUGUGAAGAAGGAGAUCAACGACACCUUCCUCUCGUUCUCCUUCAACUCGUCCGUCUUGCCCGUUCCCGACCGCGCCACGCUCAGCUUCUGCGACGAUAUGGACACCUCCACGAUCGACGACCUUGGCAAUGCUCUUGUGAAGAUGACGAAGAUCGGAAUCAUCAUUCUUGCUGUGCUCGCUCUCUUGCUUCUUGCCGCCUCCUGUUUCUGGGAGUGGUGGCAGUGGCGCACGCUCCGGAAGCACUUGCAGUACACGCGCGAGGCGUGGUCCACGGAUCCUGCUGUUGUACACGUCGGACCCGAGGCGCAGCCAACCGUCAGCCUGUC